UUUGUGAAAAUUAAUAUUUGUGUCAUUCUCAAAACGUUUGUGCACGACUGUACAGCGAUUGGUGUGCAUAAAUGUUACAAGACUUCCAAGUCCCCUCCCCAUGUAUUUCUUAGCGUGAACGUUUGUUGAAGGCGUCAUUCAAAUCCUGAUUUGACAACUGUUUUGUCGCUCACGUUCCUGCGGCGCAACCCUGUAUCUCCUUCCCAUCUUCCAGCGAAACAAUUUCUAAGCAGCAUCGCAACACCUCUGCAAUGCACAUUAUGGACUUUACUGGAAACAUUUUAAUACAUCGAAACAUAUCAAAGAAGACAAGGGUGGCACACAUUGAAAAUACUAUUUUCUAUGUACCUUUUCCCUUCAUAGCUUAUGGAGCGAAAGCGAACUUUCAGCGGAUUUUAUGUCUUCUCCAAGCAGCCCUGAUGUGGUCUCAAUGAAGAAAGAGAGAGGAGCCACUUACCUGUAUCUCAAAACACUAUCUGGAUUUUGGGAGGCAGAGAACAAGAGAGGAGAGGGAGGAAUGGAGAGAGGGAUUAGAAACUAAUCCAGGACACGGCCAAUCCCAGAGGAGCUCCUUUUCUUCCAAGACACAGACACAACAGUCGCACGGAUUACUGCACUUUAGUGUAUUGCCUUUAAAAAAAAGAAGCAUUAUCCCUUUUGUAUAGUGUUUCAUUGUCCCUAAAUGCCUGGUGUCCCGGGCCUGUGGUAAAUGUGCUGAAUUCUACAACAAAGGAUAAAAGAGGACAACAGUCCCGGUGAGAGGGGAGCGAAGUGACAGGAUGUCCCAUGGACUAUGUGGUGACACACGCAGAUAAAGCGCUUUAGUGGAGACGACAUGUGUGAACAGACCCCCUGCUCUUUCUGCUGGGUCUCAGAGGGACUGAAAGCUGAACACCCCUGUGGACGGUACAUUCAAGAUCAAACUUCUAUGAGUGAAUACUAAAACGACUGAGUGGCUAGUGAGUGACAGGUUGGAGAUAUUUUAGUUGUUGAUUACAGAGGAGAAUAAGGUGAGGUUGCUUUCAAAGCAGGAUUACAAAUUAGUUUCUGGAAAAACAUACUGUAUCUGAAGGGAAGAAGGAGUUGAUUGAGGAGACUUGCGGCAGCCUAGAAACCUCUAUCAUUAACUGGGAGGAUCUGAGUUCAUGUGUGUAGGUGCAUUAGAGAAGAUUAUUAGCUGCCAAUCAAAGGUGUCAGCCUAUUGAGUCACUUCUCAAUAAGCCAUAUCUAAAGUGACCUGGUUGGUGAGAGUUGUUGUCUUGGUGUUGUGUUGGUGUUGAAACCUGUAGUGGUGAGAAGAGAAAGCGCUGGGUGAGAGUGAGGUGGUAAUAAAGGUUGUUUUAAAGCUGACAUAAUCCCAUUACAGUUUCUUAACAAGUUAUUUAUAAUCUCCAACAAGUUUAUUGGACAGAGCACACAGGGCCAAGCAGCUUAAACAUAACCACUUUCAGAUGUAUAACACUGCCUGACUCCUAUCUACUGUACUGUGCCAAGUCAAGAAUGAAUUUGAACUAGGUUUACAGAAAACUAAAUAUUUAUUCUCAUUUUACGAGGAUCUCGUAAACCUCUGGCAAGGUGAUUAGUGUCUAGACGGGUGGGAUGUUCGUUAACUGUUUGUAAACAAGACAUUGGAUGGUUUUCACAGAAAGGGGUCUCUAGGUAACACUGCUGGCUGUCCAGCUUUGACAAAAGAUAUUGGUGCUCAUUUUAAAGGUAGGUAUAGACUUCAGUUUGGACUGAUCCUAAAAAGACAAGAACAAGAAUAUUUUGUAAAGCCUCAUUGCUUAACUUUGAGAGGGAAGUUUAAGGACCUGUAUAUUUUUGUUGCUGAAGGGAAAGGUGCAUUUAAAUGACCUAAUUAUAGAAAUUGCUGUGCACAUCUAAGAUUGAUUUAGCUCUAGAAACGUUCACAGGAAUGAGCUUGCCAACAGAGAGAGCAUCAUAGUUAUAUUGUUAGUGUUCACAAGCAGAAACACAAGUUCAAAAUAACAGUCAGGCAAUACUCCAAUCCACAAAGAGUGAAAUGUAUUUUGUCUGAUGGACAGAAUAUGAGCAUCUCUUGGUAUUCUCUCACUCUUUCACUGCACAAAUACUGGAUGAGUUAUGUUUCACUGUCAGUAUAUAUUUGGAGCCGCAACUGGAUAUAUUUUCUGAACUGACAUUCAAAAACCCACCGUCUGGGAAAAGAACAGUGGAUCCCAAGCUCUCAGACCACAUAGGCUGUGGUUAUUCCAGAAUCCCUGGGAUGUGUCAUUCCUCUUCUUUUUAUUCCUCAUGACUGAAAGCUGCUGGGAAGGAGGACAGGAUUUCUUUGAGGCUGGAGUCAUUCUAAAGCACAGAAUUGAUCCUGAGAUAGAAAGCUUUGGAUGUUGACUGACCCCAUAGAUAACCCAUCAUUCAGCUGAAAACUUCAGUGGGACUUCCUAAAGCCAAACUGCAGGCUUACGCUCGAUGAAUAGCUGGCACUUGCUGCCGUGUGGAGAAUGUAUUCUACACACAUUCUCAGCACAUCAUUUGUGUUUUUCUUUUUUUUAAGGAUCCAGAAAGUUGUUUAAGUGUCUUUUAACACUCAUUUUACUUUGGAAAAGUUGACUGAUUUCUUACUGGAUUUUUUAUCCCCCUGAUUAAUUAUAUUUUAAGGGUAGUCAUCUCUGCUACCAUGAGUCUGGGAAAACUGCCAGGGAUUAAAGGCCUAGGGUCGGGCUCUCAGGGGAAGAGGCGCUUUAAGAGCGAACUCUCCGUGGACAUGAUCAGCCCACCGCUCCCAGACUUUCGCCACACCAUGCACGUGGGCCGCGGUGGCGAUGUGUUUGGAGACACCUCCUUCCUUAGCAAUCAUGGGGGCAAAGGGGAACCAGUGAGCCCCGAUUCACCCACCAGUAGCACGAAGACCACCCGCUUCUUCUCCCGCACCCUGAGGCAUGUACGCAGGUCCCCUGUGCCCCGUGCCAGGAUCGGUUCCCGUGACCUUUCACCCCCACCGCCUCCUGUCUCACCCAUCAUCAAGAACGCCAUCUCACUACCCCAGCUGAACAUUGACAUGCCCAACGGCUACCAGAGGGUGUUGUUCCCCAGCUCAGAGAGCUCCCCAGAUGCCUCCCUCUACAGCUACGGUCUGCAGUCUGGUUUCGUCACACUACCCCGCCACUCCCGCCUUGAUAAACAGCUGCAGGACGGCACCGGACUGUUCGCUCAGGACUUUCGCUGUGGCUCGCUCCCAGACAACGGCUUCGCUCUAACGCGCUCCGACUCCUUCACCUCGUUCACAGUGGACCUUGGCCCCUCCCUCAUGAGUGAGGUUCUGGGCAUGAUUGACAGCCCCAGUUGCCUCACUAUGCCCAAUCACAGCUGGGAGUUGGGGGAAGAGGAAGAGGAGGAGCAGAGCUCUGUGUUUGAGCUGGCUGUGCAGAGCCCCAUGCUAAGCUCAUCAAACCCUUCCAUGUCAAGCACUCCACUCAAAGUGAAUGUGAACAACAGGGGAGAGGAGGAGGAUGGGAGGUCUCUUGAGACACCAGAUGCAUCUAUGGGGUCUCCUACACAGGUAGAACCAGUUAUGGAAGCUGAGAGGUUCCAGAGAGCAGCUGACAUGCUGGCGCGUCACUACGGGGGAGGCUCCUUCUCCAGGAGUCAUCGCAGCGAUUCUGCCUCCUCCUCCUCACCUCUCAGCCAGCCUAAAGUCCCCUACGCCUUCCCUGAGGAAGAAGAGAUCAAAGUCUGAAACAUUUACCAAAUGUCUCUCAUUGUGAGGUAAAGAAUACUUUUGAUCAUUAGACUACUUACUGAGGGACCUUGGUUUUGAAUCCUUGCACUCAAGACCUUCUGAGGGAUCCAUGUUUUUCAAUAAACCUUUUACAUGAAUGAUUUGAAUUGGAAAAAUCCUCAUAAGACCUCUCGUCUACCAUCUAACAACUGGAUCAAUACUGUCUCUUGUUCAGUUCUAGAGAAGCUUGUCUAGAGUUUCUCAGACAUGAUCUGACAGCAACAUUGGACAGGGUAUAUAUAAAAAUAAACUUUAACAUGUCAGAUUCCAUUAUAUCUUCAUAAGAAAUAUACCUUAUACUAAGCAGAUUCCAUUAAACUGUCAUUAAAUUCUGGGAUGGAACAAUCUCUUGAUAUCGUGCAACUCUGUGCUAUAGCAGCUGCAGUACAACAGUCACACAAGAUGCCAUACAACGACCAGAAGGAAGGACACAGUGAUGAGCCGAGGCUGUGUCUGUCAAAAGCACUCAGUGGUCAUUCACAGACAUGCCACAUGGAACAUAAUACAUUUUAUUUUUAGAAGACAAAGGAAGGAUUUCCAGCCUAAUGAUACACUCCUUCUGUGAAAAGGAUUGAAAAGGGAGAUAAAACAUGACUAUCUGCAAAACUAUUGGUAACAGUAUGUGGAUACUAAAGGGACAAUACAUUUUGUUUCUAUCCACCUGAUCUAAAUUGACAUAUCUUCAGUGACAAAAUCGGUUAGACCGAACACAAAGCCAGUUUCAUAAAUGAUAAUUUCCUGAGAAAAGUUUGAUAGGAAUAAAGAUUCUCACUAAUAUCUGAAUUAAUAUCAGAGAUGGCACUGCAUGCUAAGGUUGAAAUGAAGGGUGUGCCCUGUAAAGCGUAUCAAACUAAUUUUGGAUACACAGCCCUAUAAUAGUUUAAACGUAUAGCUGCCUUACAGUGAGUUAUUGUCAACUACUUUUUCCAAGUAUGUUUGUUCUCAGUGUUAUGUUCAUACAUGGGAGUAUAAUUUAUUUUUAAAUAACAAGGAAACAAAUGCAUUGUCAUGCAUGAAGGUAAUCAAAUGAAGUUGAAUAUUAGCUGUUCAUAAGACUACAGGUACCCGACUUAAAAUGACCAGUACAGACAUGUGAUGUCACAUAUGAAUACAGUAUGUAUACGGAAUGAGAUACGAUUGUCUAAUUUGAUCCAUUUACCAGUAUCUGUCAUAGCAGUCAUAUUCUUAAUAAAUACUGUUUUUUAAUCAG